AUGGGGAGCGGCCAGCUCCAUUAUUCUGUGCCGGAGGAAUCCCAGCACGGCACCUUUGUGGGCCGCAUUGCUCAGGAUCUGGGACUGGAGAUGGAUGAGCUGGUGCCUCGGAUGUUCAGGAUGGAGUCUGCAGAUCAUAGGAACUAUUUUGAGGUAAAUGUUCAGAAUGGCAUUUUGUUUGUUAACUCCCGGAUAGACAGGGAGGAGCUGUGUGGCAAGAGCUCUUUGUGUGCUGUUCACCUGGAGGUGAUUGUGGACAAACCUUUGAGGGUCUUCCAUGUAGAGGUGGAAAUCAAGGAUAUAAAUGACAAUGCCCCCACUUUCUCUGUAAAUAUAGUAAAUCUUUUUAUAUCAGAAUCAACAGCAUAUGGUUCUCGCUUUUCUCUAGAGAGUGCAUCAGAUGCUGAUAUUGGUAAAAAUGCCCUUAUUGCAUACAGGAUCAGCUCAAAUGAAUACUUUGCUCUGGACACUCAGGAUAAGCAAGCUAAAAGCCCUCUACCAGAGCUUGUUUUAAAAAGGACUUUGGACAGAGAGGACAUCUCUCUGCACCAUUUAUUGCUUACAGCAACAGAUGGGGGUCAACCAGAACUCACAGGAACAAUACAGCUAGUGAUAACUGUGCUGGAUGUUAAUGAUAACAGACCUGUCUUUAAUCAGUCAGUUUAUGAAGUGAGUUUACUGGAAAGUUCAGCUGUUGGGACUCUUGUUGUAAAGUUAGAAGCAACAGAUAUUGAUGAGGGCAUUAACAAGGAGAUUACCUAUCGCUUUAAAACAUCCUUACCCACAACUAUUCAAACAAUGUUUGAGAUUGAUGAGAAUACGGGGGAGAUCAGGCUAAAAGGAAAAUUAGACUUUGAAGAAGUGAAUUUAUACGAAAUUCAAAUACAAGCCAUUGACAAGGGACAUGCACCAAUGGAAGGAGACUGCAAACUUUUGAUAGAAGUUUUGGAUGUGAAUGACAAUAGCCCUGAGAUGUCACUGAAGUCGCUAUCCGUGCCAGUUGCAGAGGACUCCCCACCAGGGACAGUGGUGGCUCUGAUCAGCAUCUCAGACAGGGACUCUGGGGCUAACGGGCAAGUGAGCUGCUCUGUGACGCCCUCCCACCUACCCUUCAAGCUAUUGUCCACUUUCAAGAAUUAUUACUCUCUGGUGGUGGCUGAGCCCCUAGACCGGGAGCGGGAAGCAGAAUACAAGCUGGUAGUGACUGCCCAGGAUCAAGGGACUCCAUCGCUAUCAACCAGCAGCACCCUGGUGGUACCCAUUGGUGACAUGAACGACAACGCUCCUGCUUUUCCUCAGUCUUCCUACACAGUCUUUGUGAAGGAGAACAACCCACCAGGUGCUCACAUCUUCACGGUGUCUGCCUCGGACCCAGAUGUGGCUGAGAACAGUCUGAUCAGCUACUGGCUGGACGAGAAGCUCUGGCCCCUGUCAAGCUACAUCUCUGUGCACUCAGAGAGUGGGAAGCUCUAUGCUCUUCAGCCCUUGGACUAUGAGGAGGUGAAGCUGCUGGAGUUCCAAGUGAGAGCCAAGGAUGCUGGGCUGCCCUCCCUGUGUGGCAAUGUGACGGUGCAAGUCUUUGUGGUGGAUGAGAACGACAAUGUGCCAGCUGUGACUGUACCAGUAGAGGAGGCUCCCACCCUGCUGGUGGUCCCCCUGACAGCUGGGCAUGUGGUGGGCAAGAUCCGUGCCCUGGAUGCUGACUCAGGCUACAACGCAUGGCUGCGCUAUGAGAUGCAUGAGGGGUCCAGUAGGCUUUGGCGGGUGGGACUGUACAGUGGUGAGAUCAGUACAACACGUGCCCUGGAGGAGGCAGAGGGCAGCAGCAGUCAUAGUUUGCUGGUUGUGGUGAAGGACCAUGGGAAGCCCGCUUUGUCAGCCACCGCCACGCUGAGUAUUUCGUUGGUGGCCAGUGUCCAAGCCCUCCCAGCUGAUGCCCGCCUUCCCAGAAGGGGAGGGAGCCCCAAUCCCCUGGCGGAUAACAUGAACAUCUACCUCAUCAUAGCCAUCUGUGCAGUGUCCAGCUUGUUCCUGCUGGCCAUCAUUGCGUAUAUGGCCCUGCGGUGCCAUUGCCAGCCUAAGGAGGCCAUGGUGUAUGGUCCUGGAACAGCCACGCUGGUGUGUGCCAGUGAGGUGGGCAGCUGGUCCUAUUCAAAUCGCCACAGUCACAUCUUGGGCAUGACAGGAGACUCCAAUGCCAAAAGCGACCUCAUGGUUUUCAGCCCCAACAUACCUGUUUUUGCAGAGACUGCACAGGUAGGGAAUACAAAGGAGCUGGUCCCAGAUUCUUCUGGACAGGUGAGUCUCUGA